CUCGGCCGGUCUCCCCGCGACUAUCUUGCCGCAUUCCACCAAGCCGAAGCCAAGGCGCGCCCCGCGCGUGCCUUCAUGCCUUCGCCGACCCACGCGCCUGCUUCGCUUCACUCAGUCGGUCCUACGCGCUUAUAGAGAUUAUGCGCACUGCCACUGCGCUCCUAUGUUACCGGUUGUGAGAACACGCGAAGUGUAGUGAAGUGUCUAUGGAUGCGGUUUACCACAUUUUAAGUGCCAUAGCGACUUACAACAUUGGAUUUGUUUAUUGAUGAGAGUGUAAUAGGAGUAUCGAGAUGCGACAUGCGUGCUCUAUGUUCGGUUCGCGGGCCGUUGGGCGGGGAGAACCGCGCGCUCGGCGCAGGCGCACGGCUUCUGUCUCUUCGGCUGCCAGGUCAGCCGCAGCCUAUACACUUCGUGGUAGAAGCCAAGGCGAAAGUCAAAGAGCUAAAAUCUUUAGCGAACACCCACCCACAGCUGCAAGGCAUGAACGAUACAGAGCUGUUCGGAUUGGCGAUUUUGCAAAACGGGGAGUACUUAUUUGUUGAUUUGGAAAGCAAACUAUCAAAAUACGCACCAAAGAGCUGGAGAUCUUCUCAUACUCAUGGUUUAGACGCCAAUGGAAAACCAUUGCUGGAACUUCACCUAGUCGUACAAUUCCACGUGGAAAGUCCUCUACUCUUACACGAUGACGUGGGACGCCAUUUGUAUUAUCUCCAAUUACUUCACAACAUACGCUCAAGGGAUGCUUUACCAGUAGAAAUACUUUUACUCUUAAUAGGACUAGCGUUACAAGCAGAUUGUGGUGAUGAAGAAUCAUAUGACAAUCGGGAGUACUUUAAAAUUGAAGAUUACGCCCCAACAUCCUUAACCGGUGAUUGGGUAUCGGCUGCUGCAAGAGCUUGUCACCGGGAGCAUCGAGGUCUUACAAAAACUGAUGCAGAAACCAGAUUUAUUCGUGAAGUGUGCCUGCUACCUGAUACAAUUAAUUCUCAUAGAUAUCGACUAAAGCAAUCAAAGACAGAACUUGAACCAGGUACUGUUUGGUUACUAGUCACGGCAAAGGGAAUAAAAAUAUUACCCGACAAAGGCUCCACGUCAAAUUUUAUUUGGAGUUCCAUUGGCAAGUUGAGUUUUGAUCGAAAGAAAUUUGAAAUCAGAACUGAGGAAGGCAAAAUCACAUUAUAUUCAUCGAGUGAAGAGAAAUGUAAAUAUUUAUUCGCUUUAUGUAAAGAAACCCAUCAGUUUUCAAUGAAACUAUCAUCAAAACUGAAUGAAAUUUUAAUCCGAGAAGAAGAUGAACGCAAGAAUUGUUUCGCUUACUCUAAAUCGUUUAGUUUAAACUACAAUAAAAAUAAAAGUGAACAAAGAAUAUCUCUAAUAUCGUCAACAAGCUCCAAUACUACAUCAGGAAUUGUUAGUGACAGAGUACAAUCUGAAGAUGAGUUGGAAAUAAUGAUAGAUACGCCUCCUGCUCCAUCAACUGAAAGUUUAGCAUUUGCUCAUCUUUUAGAUAGUUCAAAUUCAUAUAAAGUUUCAUCAUUGCAAAUGCAAAAAUCCAAAGUUCGUAAGAAAAGUAAAGAAGAUACCGAUAAAAUGUCCAAAAACGAUACUUGUUUUGAACCCGUCCCAGAAACAAGCCGACAGUUUGAGGACGGUGAUCAAACAGGUGAAUCUCUAGCAGAUAGCCCAUCGAGUAAUAUGAAAUGUACUGGUUCACAAUGUUCCUCAUCUUGCAGCACAGUCAUUAUGGCGAGGGCGGGGUUAAGCCCACUUAGCAGAGCUUCCAACGGAAGCAGUUUGGAGUUGGGAUAUAGUCAUACAGCCCAAAAUUCCAUGUUAAGUGAUAACAGUACAGUAGGAAUUGAUAUAGAAUACACACAAGAUACAGCAUCCGCCUUGUAUGACGGUCUUGGACAAGCGGCAACAGUAGCGGCUUCAAGUGAAACCAGCGGUGUUUAUACAAUGGGAAGUUCAGAACUCACUGCACGUUCGAAGACAUAUUCCAUAUCACAAGGUAGCCGAACUGAUUACAGCGGUUCAUCGUUCGAUAGAUAUAAUAAAUCAUGCAAAGAAAAUGAUUUAGCAGACUUUGACAGCGUGUCUUCUAUAUUAAAACAUAAGUCGGAAAGAACAAAAAUACAUAGAAAUCCAACAACUCAGCCUAGUUCAGAUUGCAUUGAUGGAAUUAAUCAAUUCUGUGAUGAUAACGCAAGUGAUAAUAAAGAAAACGUGUUUCGCGAACGCACAAACUCUAAUGUUAGCGUUACAUCUUUUCAUGGCGAUGGAAGUGAUCCGACUGAUAAUAAACACAAUAUAUUAAGUGCAAGUGAACUAAGUGAUCUAAUAGUCGGUCGUGGUAUUUAUCCCAAAACACAAUCCGUCAGUGACACAUUUGAUUCAGUUUCAGAUUACGUUAGAAUACCAUUGCCGUUUAAAGGCGAAAACUAUCAUCAAAAUAUAGAUAAUUCAGUACAAGCGGCCACAAUUAACCGCAGCUACAUAAACAAUUCAUUUUUCGACCGACCUCCGACACCACCAACUCGAUUAGACAGCAGAAAAGGGUUUCAUUUGUCUUUGCCAAACAUUUUAGAUAUAGAUGGCAAUGCAUCCAUUUUCCCAAAGUAUCCAGACAAACCGCCUCCACCUUACGAAUAUAAUCAUAAAACUUUAUCGUCGUCUACCUCCACGCCCACAAAACCUCCGCCUGCAUAUCCAGGUUCAAGUAGUUCUAGUACUUUUUCAAAACAAGCUGACAAAGAGGAAGUAGAAGCGAGAGUGGUUACAUCUAAACCUAUGAUCACUAUUCUCACAGCGGAAGCCGGAGAAGUCAACACAUCGGGUGAGCGAACCUUUGCAAGCCCAAUGGUUCUGGAACAUCGAUUUCAAAAGUCCAAGCGUCACCAAGCAUCGAGUCGUAGGGCUGAACGUUCAAAAUUAGCUCAGGGUCUAACGAAUUUAUCGCCUUCAAGAGAAGUUCCUCCGGGUGUCAACCCUAACGUCCUAGUAGCGAUGAUGAAAUUACCGCCACCACCUCCUCCGCCACGUCACACGAGACUGCCUCCUCCACCGCCCGCAACGAGGCUGCCGCCCCCGCCUCCACCCCAUAACCCUAUGUUUCACCAACAACUUUACAGUGACGUGGACUAUGUGUACUAUCCUCUUCAAGACCCAUCUGUGUCCCAACAGAACUACCUCGACCACAAGUUAACUGAAUCUCGAAUAUCAAACAUGCACAAAAAUGGGUUACACUAUAGAAGUACACCAUUUCUCUCCACAUCGCUAUCGUGUUCUUCGACGUAUGGCUCGAUCCAAAACUUGUCUGAUUCCUAUGUUCAAAUUCCCGGAACGCGUACUAGUUGGUACUCAAUGACUAGUCGAAAUUCAACAAGUAGCCAUUCCAUCAAUCUAGAUAGACCACCAUUGCCGACCCGCAUCAUGGAGGUUCCGAACUUUAAUCGAACUAAAUCGCACGAAAACAUGAUAAUUAUAAAAGACCCACCGCCUUUGAAAAUGAGAAGAAUGCCGCCUCCGCCACCACCGCCCUAUGAACACAAGAAAAAACUCCCAUCUCACUUGAAAGAAGCAAAGCCCCCUCAUUGUAGUACAAGUGACAAUAUUUUAAGAAAGAAAUUUGAUGCAACUAAAUGCGAUUUAGACAUUAAAACGCUUAGAGAAAAAAGCAAGAACUUAGACUUGCCACUCAUAGCCGCUUUGUGCAACGACCGUUCACUGUUAAAACAAACUAAAGCCUUUGGCGCCCCAAAAAUAAAGCCAGUCAGUCAGUCAGAUUGUGAAAGUGAUCGAAAAAGUACGAAGUCGGAUUCAGUAACCACCGAUAAUGUAGAUAAGAAUAAAUCUGAUAUAAGUAACAGGAAAUUAAGCACAGGUUCUCAAAAAAGAGUGUUAGUACGCAAUCCAACAGAUAAACUUCCAGCAUUGCCCGGAGCAGACAGUCAUACUCCAAGAGCUAUGUCUAAUACGUAUGUUAUGCAUCCGAGUGUCGUUAAAACAAAGAGAACUCAACCCAGCUCAUGACAAUUUUCCGAACAUAUCACCUUUCUUUUUGUGAAUCCUUCCAGUGCUAUUAACGUUUCCCUUUAAUUACAUUUCUAUUCAAAUAAAGACUGAAAAGCCAUACAUUCCCACUACCCCUCUAGUUAGAUUUUGUUGGUUAUACUUAAAUGGAAUGCUAAUUUACAUAGUUCUAAAUGAAUGCCAAUACUUUUGCUAUUAUCCACAUUAUGGUUAUUCAAUAUAUGUCAGAAAAUAUAAAUUAGUGGCUGGCCUUCCAUUUGAGUAACAACCAAUGUUUAAAAUAAGUAUUCAUUAAGUAGAUAAAUUAAGUAAAAUGACUAUGUCCCUUCGAAGCGCAAAAUGCUUCUAAUUCAUGUUUAUUUAUUUCAUUGAUAUUUGAAACUAAGAUAAUGGUGUAACAAAUAUAACAUGUGAUUAUAUUUUUAUAAAAACUUUUUCAAUUCUGUUUAUAUGUUUAAAAAUUUAGUCUUAGAAAAUGCGUAUUACUAAAACUAUAUCCAACGCACAAUCACAUGUAUGAUUAUCGGGUAUCAUGUACAAUAAAACUAAAUUAAGAAUACAAAUACUUUAUUAAGA